CGCACUCGAUUGACAAUGGUACUACUAUUUCGUCGAUGAAAUACGUAGAGAUUCGUCGUCGAGUAUUUUCUUUUUCGGUUAGCGCGCCAACGGUUUCGGUUUUCUGGUGUGGCAUUUCUAGUGCGUUUCGCGCGUUUUUGUUUCCGUGGUUGGCCGGCCUGGGAUUCGUCGCAUCGUUCGGCGCCUUUUUGAAAAUAGAACCGACUUUACACCAAACCACACCAAUGACCGUCCUCUAGCACUCCCCCAACAACAUGGCCUUACUAAACUACACCUCGCCUUUCCUCGCCACUCCAAACCCUCUCUCCAACUUCUACCGACCUCCUCAACCGCCCACCCACCAAUUGCCACCCUACCAAACGCCUUACUCCUACCCACCACCUCAAAAACCCUUUUUGAACGAAGACUAUGCUCGGGCGGGAUCUCAAAAUGGGCCGGCGCCAGCCCAAAGCCACCAGAGCCAAAAGGGGCCCUACCAGCUGCCCCAAGGGGCGCAGACCAAUCAGCAGCCGCAGGGACCGGUGUUUACGAGAGUGACGGAGGACGGUGCCAAGACGAAAGUGCACGCGGUCAUCGAUUACGAUUACGAGGACGAGGACGAUCCGGUGCCUCCCGUGACUCCUAUUCAGGGACCGAUUUACCUGAAGAACGGUUCUGUGCCGGUUGUGCCCCUGUACUCGCAUCCAGUGUUAAAUAACGGAAGUUUUGUUCAAAUACCGGCGGACGAUACAGUUCUUCUCGCUGAAAACAUGCAAGACCUUCAGAAUAUGUUAAAUAACGUCAUCACAACUAGUCGAGAAUAUGGUCUGGCACUCAGUGUUAAAAAGACUAAAUACAUGAUUGUCACUAAAACUGGAGUGCCCAAUGAACAUCUGUACGCGGAAGGUGAGGAGCUCGAAAGAGUAGAGAGAGAUGUUACAGAUUAUUGGACCAAAAUUGAAUUGAGCUUAUAG